GUGGUUAUGUCAUAUUGCUCUGCCUCCUGCUGCUGCGACCUUUCACCUACUUCUCUCACACUGACAGUCGACACUUGUGUUUACGGACGCCGAGGGGACGCCAGCAAAUCUAAACACAGUAAGGGGUCCUGCCUGAUUCGGAAGAGACUCCUGGAAAAAUGUUAAGAAACGCCUUGGCCCGGUUUGCCCGACCUGCCCUGCAGAGAUGCACCUCUUCUACAGCUUGCCAGGUCGUAAGUUCCUGUAGACCAGAGAAGGUUCUCCGUCCGCCGCCUGCUUGUGCGACAUUUGUCCAGCUUCGUGGACAGCAGACUUUGGGUUCAGCCUCCCUCUCAGUGGCCAACCACUCUUUGAGACAUGCCAGGGCGCGAGACGAAGAGCGGCUGGUGGAGGUGGAGUGGGAAGAUGGAGGGCAUAGCGUGUACCCCUUCACAUGGCUGAGAGACAACUGCCAGUGCUCCAUGUGUACGCUGCAAUCAGCUCAGGCCCGCAAACUCUUGAUGUCCGACUUGGACAUUCACACAGGCAUCGAUGUUGUGGAGGUUACCAAUGACAACAAGGUGUCAAUUGUUUGGCCUGAUCAGCACACCAGCAUGUUCGAAGCAGAAUGGCUGAAGAAACGCUGCUUUUCUCAAGAAGCCAGACAAACGGUGCAAGAGGAGCUCUUCUUCAAUGAGCGUUAUUACUGGGGCAGCGAACUGCGUAUUCCCACCGCCAACUACCAGGAUGUCCUCAAUGACGACAAAGCCGCGCUGGCGUGGCUUCUGGCGUUGAAACGAGUGGGCAUCGUCUACCUGAAGGGGGCUCCGGCGGAGCUGGGCCAAGUGGCCAGACUGGCGAAGAGGAUCGGUUACCUCAGACUGACGUUCUACGGGCACACAUGGCAGGUCCUGGACAAGUACAUGGCAAACAAUGUGGCCUACACCUCAGGAAGACUCAGCCUCCACACUGACUACCCUGCCUUACAUUUUGCACCUGGAGUGCAGUUUUUGCACUGCAUCAACCAGGCCGAAGAAGGCGGCGAGAGCGAGGUGGUGGACGGCUUCCACGCGGCCAAGCAGCUGCAAAGAGAAGACCCCGAGGCCUUCCGCACUCUCUCCUCGCUCCUUGUGGACUUCACGGACACGGGGACGGACUACUGCGACUUCAUGCUGCAGUCUAAGAAGAGCAUUAUCGAUGUCAACACUCAGGGUCGAGUUGUGAGGAUAAACUACAACAACGCCACCAGAGACUCUGUGCUGGACUUCCCUCUCUACCAGGUGCAGCCUUUCUAUAGGGCACUCAAAGCCUACGUGGACGUCAUGAACCGACCUGAGAACAUUGUCACCUACAAGAUGGAACCAGGCGACAUCGCGACCUUCGACAACUGGCGUCUCCUGCACGGCAGAAGGCACUACGUCAGCCGACCCGACAGGUUGCGACAACUGGAGGGGGCCUACUUGGACUGGGACGAGGUCAUGUCCCGCCUCCGAAUACUCCGCCGCGCAGUUCACCAGGCCGACUCUGCGCCGCAAUCGGCCUUUUGAAAGGUACGGCGUCGUUUACAGCCGCAAAACCUGGUGCAAACAAACCAGGCCAGGGAUUGUUAAUCCGAAUGAAAUCCCAAAACAAUCGUAAAGUGAGCAACAAUGUUUUGGUUGUAAAACUGUUCUUCCGACUUCAGCGCGACACGCCGAUGCAAAGUUGGACUGUUUAUUACGUACUUUUACACGUAACGAUGAGACGCUGUCAUCUUUAGGCUCAUAUGUUCCUCCAUCUUGUUGCCUUCAUUCUUGUUUGCACACACAGGAAGUGGAAAGUUGUCUCAUUUUGAAAGGGUCAUGGCUGCAUAAUCAAAAAUCAUCACCGGAUAUUCGAAGCUCCAAAGGUCGGCAUCGAGUCGCGUCACCACUUCAACAAUACCGAGGACGACUCAAACGUUGUGUUUUGACAGGGGUAAGAACUAUAUGAUAGUAAAGAAAUAGUCACAAAUGGCAGGAGAAGACAGGAAAUACUAAGUGGGAUCCCAUCAAACUUUCUGGUGAGGAUCUGGAUAAAGUAGCCACUUCAUGAAUGUAAUAUUAGUACUCUUUUGUAUGUCUUCCACAACUACACCUUUUUCAAAAAGUGAGUAACUAAGCUGUGGGUCCAAGACAGGGGUGCCCAUUAUGUCGACCGCGAACUACAAUCAGAAUCACAAUAGUUUUUAUUGUCAUUGUUUGAGGACAGGUUCACAAACUAGGAAUUUUACUUGGUGUAAUCGUGCAACAUAAAACACAGAAUUGAAUAACAUGAGCUGUAACUGAGCUAUCAGAUCUUGUUAUUAACUACCAAUCGAUCACGGAGGGUGUGUCAGUCGAUGGCCAGUCAGGCAUUAAAAAAAUAGACCUAAAAAUUAGCGACCAUCAAUGACGUCACUUGAUUGACAUUCACGGGACCCGAGGGUGGUGGGAGAUGACACUCAUUAUCAAGAAAAAACGACCGACAGGAAGUCGAGAAACAUCCAUCCAUCCCUCAAUCUUCUUCCGCUUAUCCGAGGUCGGGUCGCGGGGGCAGCAGCCUAAGCAGGGAAGCCCAGACUUCCCUUUCCCCAGCCACUUCGUCUAGCUCUUCCCGGGGAAUCCCGAGGCGUUCCCAGGCCAGCCGGGAGACAUAGUCUUCUCAACGUGUCCUGAGUCUUCCCCGUGGCCUCCUACCGGUUGGACGUGCCCUAAACACCUCCCUAGGGAGGCGUUCGGGUGGCAUCCUGACCAGAUGCCCGAACCACCUCAUCUGGCUCCUCUACAAUGUGGAAGAGCAGCGGCUUUACUUUGAGUUCCUCACGGAUGGCAGAGCUUCUCACCCUAUCUCUAAGGGAGAGCCCCGCCACACGGCGGAGGAAACUCAUUUCGGCCGCUUGUACCCGUGAUCUUAUCCUUUCGGUCAUGACCCAAAACUCAUGACCAUAGGUGAGGAUGGGAACGUAGAUCGACUAGUAAAUUGAGAGCUUUACCUUCCGGCUCAGCUCCUUCUUCACCACAACGGAUCGGUACAACGUCCGCAUUACUGAAGACGCCGCACCGAUCCGCCUGUCGAUCUCACGAUCCACUCUUCCCCCACUCGUGAACAAGACUCCGAGGUACUUGAACUCCUCCACUUGGGGCAGGGUCUCCUCCUUAGCCCGGAGAUGGCACUCCACCCUUUUCCGGGCGAGAACCAUGGACUCGAACUUGGAGGUCCUGAUUCUCAUUCCGGUCGUUUCACACUCUGCUGCCAACCGAUCCAGUGAGAACUGAAGAUCCCAGCCAGGUGAAGCCAUCAGGACCACACCAUCAGCAAAAAGCAGAGACCUAAUCCCACGGCCAUCAAACCGGAACCCCUCAAUGCCUUGACUGCGCCUAGAAAUUAUGUCCAUAAAAGUUAUGAACAGAAUCGGUGACAAAGGACAGCCUUAGCGGAGUCCAACCCUCCCUGGAAACGUGUCCGACUUACUGCCGGCAAUGCGGACCAAGCUCUGAUACUGAUCAUACAGGGAGCGGACCGCCACAAUAAGAUAGUCUGAUACCCCAUACUCUCUGAGCACUCCCCACAGGACUUCCCGAGGGACACGGUCGAAUGCCUUCUCCAAGUCCACAAAGCACAUGUAGACUGGUUGGGCAAACUCCCAUGCACCCUCAAGAACCCUGCCGAGAGUAUAGAGCUGGUCCACAGUUCCACGACCAGGACGAAAACCACACCGUUCCUCCUGAAUCCGAGGUUUGACUAUCCGGCGUAGCCUCCUCUCCAGUACACCGGAAUAAACCUUACCGGGAAAACUGAGGAGUGUAAACCCACGGUAGUUGGAACACACCCUCCGGUCCCCCUUCUUAAAGAGAGGGACCACCACCCCGGUCUGUCAAUCCAGAGGUACCGCCCCCGAUGUCCACGCGCUGCUCCAUAGUCUUGUCAAUAAGACAGCCCCACAGCAUCCAGAGCCUUAAGGAACUCCGGGCGGAUUUCAUCCACCCCUGAGGCCUUGCCACCGAGGAGCUUUUUAACUACCUCGCCAAUCUCAGCUCCAGAAAUAGGAAAGGCAGGCGAGAAAGACUUUUUUUAAAUUUCAACAGACUCUCUUCACUUCACUUCACUCUCGCGCCGCGCCGUGCCUGACGUCAAAACUCUAAAGACCAACCACACAGUUCCUGUCUUCACAAUAAAAGUGCUGCUUCAUCCUUCAACAAAAUAAGAGUCUCAGGAAGCUAGCGAGCUGCGGAUUUUGCUGUCAAUGUAUUUCUUGUAAAUACUGCCAAAAAAGAACCACUUUCAUGUGUAUUGGACUUUUUUUCUCCUCCAUUUGAAAAUAUGGAAGUUAUCAUCACUACUGUCUGAUUCCAAUCAAUGCAAUCAUCUUACAUUCUUAGCUUCAUGAAAGAAAGGAAUCGAUAUGUUAAACAUGCUUGUAUUAUCAUUAAACACAUUUAACUUGUAAACAAACAUGUCUCUUUCAUAAAUAAAUAUAAAUUAUAUAUAUGAAUGAGGUAGAUCCCCUCUACAUGGUCAAUUGAAAAGUAGCUGGCCUGCAGACAAAGUGUGGCCACGCCUGCUUUACGGUUAAUAAAUGAUUGCUUAAAGGGGAACUGCACUUUAAAAAAAUAAUUUGCCUAUCGUUCACAAUCGAGACCAGACAGGUUUUUAUGUAAAUAUCAGGUUUUUUCCUAGGUAACUAGCAAUGGAGCCAAUGGGAGAAAUCAAUUCUACCUCUAAAUCCCUUAAAAAAAUGCAUUGAAAAACCGCCAACAAUACUUCAUGUGCAAUCUGUAACUCGUAUAACCACUAAACUGUAGCAACAUCGUUGUUGUAAGAGCGAACACCGAGGAACUCUUUUUCUGGCGUAGUAACACGUCACCAUGCUACAAUAUUAGCCGCAAGCUAGCUUUUACGUCAGUAGCUGUAUUACUUUUGAGUCUGUAAUGCCCAAAACUGCUAUACUACACCAAUCUGUACUGACUGAAAAACAUGAUUACAACCUAUUUCAGUAUCUGUAAAGUAUUAGCCCACAUUUCAUGUUUUGUUUGUACGCAGUUAUCCAGAAAGUAUAUGUAUUGUAGUUAUAAUAACAUAAACGACAUUCUGUGUGUAUCAUGAUCAAUAUAAAGUGUGACUCAUUCAAUGGACGUUUUUUCCAGUUUAUUUGGGUAAGCACUCCAUUUAUGUCGCAAAAGCAGGGGUCCAGUUCCACAUUGGCAGGGUCAAAGUCACACAGACUUCCCUUUCUCGUCCUCUGUCUGCGCCAACGUUUCACUUCCUUCGUGCUCGCUUCUAGAAGCAGCAGUAUAUUAAGCUUCAAAGGUAUAAGGUUGUAAAAUCCCCAUUUGUCCAAAAAUAGUCGUCUUUGUUGUUUGUUACCUAGUCUUAGAAAACAUCCAUCCAUCCAUCCAUCAUCUUCCGCUUAUCCGAGGUCGGGUCGCGGGGGCAACAGCCUAAGCAGGGAAACCCAGACUUCCCUCUCCCCAGCCACUUCGUCUAGCUCUUCCCGGGGGAUCCCGAGGCGUUCCCAGGCCAGCCGGGAGACAUAGUCUUCCCAACGUGUCCUGGGUCUUCCCCGUGGCCUCCUACCGGUUGGACGUGCCCUAAACACCUCCCUAGGGAGGCGUUCGGGUGGCAUCCUGACCAGAUGCCCGAACCACCUCAUCUGGCUCCUCUCGAUGUGAAGGAACAGCGGCUUUACUUUGAGUUCCUCCCGGAUGGCAGAGCUUCUCACCCUAUCUCUAAGGGAGAGACUCGCCACACGGCGGAGGAAACUCAUUUCGGCCGCUUGUACCCGUGAUCUUAUCCUUUCGGUCAUGACCCAAAGCUCAUGACCAUAGGUGAGGAUGGGAACGUAGAUCGACCGGUAAAUUGAGAGCUUUGCCUUCCGGCUCAGCUUUUUCUUCACCACAACGGAUCGGUACAACGUCCGCAUUACUGAAGACGCCGCACCGAUCCGCCUGUCGAUCUCACGAUCCACUCUUCCCUCACUUGUGAACAAGACUCCUAGGUACUUGAACUCCUCCACUUGGGGCAGGGUCUCCUCCCCAACCCGGAGAUGGCAUUCCACCCUUUUCCGGGCGAGAACCAUGGACUCGGACUUGGAGGUGCUGAUUCUCAUUCCGGUCGCUUCACACUCGGCUGCGAACCGAUCCAGUGAGAGCUGAAGAUCCCGGUCAGAUGAAGCCAUCAGGACCACAUCAUCUGCAAAAAGCAGAGACCUAAUCCUGCGGUCACCAAACCGGAACCCCUCGACGCCUUAACUGGGCAUAGAAAUUGUGUCCAUAAAAGUUAUGAACAGAAUCGUUGACAAAGGACAGCCUUGGCGGAGUCCAACCCUCACUGGAAAUGUGUUCGACUUACUGCCGGCAAUGCGGACCAAGUUCUGGCACUGAUCGUAGAAAACACUUGUUUUUAAUUCAAGGAGUAGGAGCAUAUUUGUUGCCGGAAGUCGGAGAUGAGUUGCAAUGGAAAUGGAAAUAAAUAAGUCCCGGCGAUAAAAUGACAAAAAUACCGUAAUGAACAUGUCCGUUACAACAUUCUAUAUAGAAUUGCAGUGUGUAUAUAAAACGUUGGGAGGGUUUUGAAGUUAUUUUAGAGGGCUCUGACUCCAAUUAGUCGCAUGUUGAAAGCGUUUUUUUCUAUCAUCUUUAAAAUCCUAAAAAAACACGAAACAAAUGUGUGUCCUUGUCUCUCAUAAAGAUUGUGAACGAUGGGCAAAAUUCCCCCAAAAAGUGUAAUUUCCCUAUAAUAACGUAUGCACAGUAUUGCAAUUUUCGGUACACAGAAUCAGUCCCUCCACCAUUUGGUGAACUGCCUUGCACAUUUUGGCCAAUCAGCAUCGUUUUAUGCCACCUAAGUCUCUGAUCCAAAUGUAGAAUAGUUUAUUGUGUGGACAAAGCAGGAACAACAACAACAUGUAACAACAUAUCAACCUGCGCCAAAUCUCCCUUUUGCUUAUGCUUGUCAAUGCUGCUGUUUUUUUUUAAAUGAAUAAUGUUUCAUGAAUCUUAAUGCAUUAAUAACUUAAAAACUAUAAUAGUUAGAGCAAAGUGUAUUGCAGUACAAAACGAUUGGGACUGGUUUGUGGAAAUGUUUACAUGGUUUGAAGGUUGGUUAUGAAUCAUCACACUUGAAAAUCCACAACAUGUUAAGGUAAAAACCGUACAAACUAAACGGUCUUCAGCACAAACAAAUGGGACAAGUUUGGAGAGAUCUUUGACAUAGUUGGGGGGGUAUAGUUAUGAUUAAUAACACGAUAAUUACAUGUAAUAACAAAACGAUUAAAUGUUAACUUAAUAACUGUAUUUAAAACACAAAUGAUCAAUACUGGUUUGGGGAGCUUGGCUCUUCAAGUACCACCAUAAUGGCCAACAUUAAAAUACAGUAGCGUAGUAAGCCUAAGUACUCAUUAAAAACACGGCAGAGGUUUUAUUACACUCCUAUAUUUAAUAUUUAUGGCCACGGUGACAUUACACGAAGUUUGAACGGAAACGGCGUGUGUGAAUAUUGGAUUAUCUGGCGUACCACUACUGGUACCACAGAUUGACAAUCACUACCUUACACAAUACUUCCGAUUCCUAUCUAUAGCGCGAGCCCUUUUGGGUGAUGUAGUGUAUAAAUAUUUAGCAACACACCUUGUUUACAUGUAUUUAUAUAUUUAUUUAACUCUUAUUUAUCCAGGGUAGAACAAUUUAGAUUUUCCUUUGUAAUGCUGACCAAACAAAGGCAGUGUUUGCAAAAUAGAGAUGUUGAUGUGUGAUGAUAACUCAUUGUCUCGCUUUUACCAAAAAUUAGCGCUCUAGAUCAGUGGUUCUCAACCUUUUUUCAGUGAUGUACCCCCUGUGAACAUUUUUUUUAAUUCAAGUACCCUCUAAUCAGAGCAAAGCAUUUUUGGUUGAAAAAUAGAGAUAAAGAAGUAAAAUACUAUGUCAUCAGUUUCUGAUAACAGUGCUAAAUAUUGCUCAUUUGUAGUUGUCUUUCUUGAACUAUUCGGAAAAAAAGACAACGAUAAACUUGUUGAAAAAUAAACAAGUGAUUCAAUUAUAAAUAAAGAUUUCUACACAUAGAAGUCAACCUAAAGUGCCCUCUUUGGGGAUUGUAAUAGACAUCCAUCUGGAUUCAUGAACUUAAUUCCAAACAUUUCAUCACAAUAAAAUAAUUCUUUAACAUCAAUAUUUAUGGAACAUGUCCACAAAAAAAUCUAACCGUCAACACUGAGUAUUGCAUUGUUGUAUUUCUUUUCACAGUUUAAGAACUAACAUACAUAUUUUGUUGAAGUAUUAUUUAAUAAAUAUAGUUAUAAAGGAUUUUUGAAUUUUUGCUAUUUUUAGGAUUAAAAAAAAAAUCUCACGCACCCCUUAGCAUACCUUCAAGUACCCCCAGGGGUACACGUACCCCCAUUUCAGAACCACUGCUCUAGAUUGCACUAAAGCGUUCACAAAUUAUCUUAAUGUGUUGUAACAUACAUGUUUAGGACAUUUUCAAGCAUAAAACACACAAAGAGAAUGUCUGUGACGGAUCAUUUAAAACGUGUUUCUUUCUUUAGUUGUAAUAAUAAUAAUUACUAUUGGUUAUAAUGAAUUAAAAAGAUUAGUCUUUUUAACAAUGAGCUCAGUUCUUUUACUGCCAUCUAGUGUUUCCUUUUGACAUCAACACACACAUUUUUUUUGUAAUUGGUGUUGAUAUCCGGUGCGUUUUGGCCUUAAAGUUACAAAAAAAACAUUUCACACAUUGAUGCAAAAAAAAUUACAAUUACAAGUUGAUUGAAUAUUACUGAAAAUGAAAACCAGCUUCAAAACUUGGCAACAACUUUCUGAAAAAAAAGUUGCUACGAAAUCAGGCAAUUUGGGCGGCAAUCACUACAAAAAGGCCACAGAAAUUGUGGCGGGGCUGAUUAAGACUUGCUUUGCUUCAGAUGAGGAACAAAAGCCAGGUAAUGUACGUACCAUCUGUAAUGUCUGCUCGCCACUUCCAUGAUUGUGUGACUUAUGAACGACUGGAAGACAAUUGUCUGCUUGUCAGUCCUGUGCCUUUUUGCUUCCUUGACACGGUCAUGCAUAAAUUACUGUUCUGCUUUCUGUCAAUCAAUUUGUAACGAGUAUCGUCGCUGCACCUGAAAUAAACCAAAGUUGAAUCA